AUGGAGCUCGGCGCUGCAACACAGCUGUUUGCAGCACCGGAUGGGCGCAGCACGAGUGGGAAACAGACGGGCUGCAACAGGGUCUCCACGGACAGACAGCCGUGCUACUAUGUACUGUGCCGUAUCGUGACGGUUUGCAAUCCAGACAGGUGGAAGGUAGCAGCCCCUGCACGAUCUGACAUGCAUAUAAUACCAAUAAUGCCGGCAAAACGACCGGCCGCUCAGACAGUCCAGGAAGGCAACCCCGACCCCUGGAGCAAGACAAAACAUGGGCCCGCAUCUCCAUACAUAGUAUCACAAGACACCCCCUUGUCGGUGGUGGUGGCCACGCAAAGACGCAAAGCAGGCACACAGGCUGGGAAAGGCCGCAUAUGCCAGCGGUUCGUGCAAGCAGCGGCCAGAUCGUCUGCGGCCUUUCCCCCCACCAACAGGCCUGGUCAGGAGCGAGCGGAAGCACGUAGAAGGGGGCCAGCAGGCCUUGCUGGUCGAAACGUCCUCUGGCUUGCUAGCCUCAGCAGCGUGUCAUCAAGAAGGGGUCUGGGGCAAGAGGACUCCGGCAACAGGGAUCUCCUGCUGGUAGCUCCCUCCCGUUAUCGGGAUCAACCCGUCUUCUUUCUGCUCGAUUUGCUCGAUGGGCCAUCAGUCAUGGAGGCUCGCCUGCACCAUACGUACGCCCCGUUGGUGGGAAGUGCGAAAUUGGGAAAUCGCGUCGCCGUUGGCAGGCCGAACCAGGCCGAGCCCCUGCACUGUAUUUCACCCCUCCUCCAGACCGAUCGACCCACCCGACCGCCUACCUUUGCAACCUUUACGACUACAGUUGUCCUUGACAUUCCCUUCUCCAAUAUGGCGAAACUAUUUAUCGGAGGCCUUGCCUGGCACACAGAGGAAGGCACCCUGCGACAGAAGUUCGAGGAGUUCGGUCCGGUGGAAGAAGCUGUAGUUGUGAAAGACCGGGACACUGGUCGCAGCCGAGGGUUCGGCUUUGUCCGCUACGCGAAUGAGGCCGAUGCCGAGACAGCGAUUGCGUCGAUGAACAACAUUGAAUUCGAUGGACGAACGAUUCGGGUCGACCGGGCCUCUGACAGCGGCUCAAGGGGCGGCUUUUCGGGACGUGGCGGCGGCGGCGGCUAUGCUCCCAGAGGUGGCUACGGAGGCGGACAGCAGAUGCACCAGGCACCCUAUGGAGCUGCGCCGCAAGGGUACCAGAUGGGUGGCCCGCCAGUGUACCAGCAGUACGGCCGAGGCGGCUACCCCCCACAGGUUCCUCAAUACGGCGGGCAGCCUAAUCAGGGAUGGGGACAACCCGUGUAUGGGUACCCCGAUCAGCAGCAGUCUCCGCCCCAGCAGCAGGGACAGCAGCAGCCUCCCCAAGGUGGCCAGGGCUACUAG